AAGGGUUUACACUCAAGGCCUCUUAGACAAGCGGCCAUGGCGGGCUGGGCAAGCAACUAAUCUUUAUAUAUCUCUUUCGGCGUGAAGCUUUUGCAAGGACUUCAGCAUGAUGAACCAGGAAUUCCUGGCAGCUGAACUGGAAUCCUUUCGGAUGCGCUAUCCAUUUGAUGAGGAUGCCAACAACUAUAUUCUGAACUCGAGCAUUGAGGUCCAGCAAGAGGUCUUGCGGGACUUCAAGCCAAAGCAGGAGGGUGAGCAGGACUAUUCUGCCUUGAUCAUAGGUUUCACAAAGAGACGAAGACAGUCUGUGAAGGAGCGGCAGCAGAAUCGAUUUGUGCCGCAUCAUGUACCUGCGCAUGGCCUGAAUGACGGUGGAGAGCAAGAUGCUCCUCUCUCACCUGCAGAGCUUCAGGCGUUCCGAUCUCGAUAUCCAUUUGACGAGGAUGCCUACAGGUAUAUCGCAUCAUCUUUGCCACAUGUUCAGCGAGAAAUCGUUCGCACCUUCAAGCCACCCAGGGAGGGCGAGGAGGACUAUUCCGCUUUGAUCAUUACCUUCUCCAAGCGAUGUCGCAACGCUGUGUCUUCUGGGGCCUCCGACCCCAUAGCCCAUGCAAGCCAUGGCCCAAGCAGCCUGGAGUAUGAAGCCUUCCGUCAGCGCUAUCCCUUUGACCUCGACACCCACAACUAUUUGCAGAGUUCGGCUCCGGAGGUUCGACGGCAAGUCUUGCAGAGCUUCAAGCCUCCGCGGGAGGGCGAAGCGGAUUACUCCGCUUUGCUCAUCAGCUUCUGCAAAAAGAUGAGGGAUCAGAGGGUCCAGCCGAUGCAACAGAUGCAACCAAUGCACCACAUGCAGCAGAUGCAGAUGCAGAUGCAGCCGAUGCAGAUGCAUCAGUAUGCGAAUGUUGCGUUUCAGAGGCCGCAUGAGGCGCAGUUCGUGCCUUGGAAGGGGCCUCAGGCUGCGGCAGUGGGCCAUCCAUGGCAGCCGCGGGGCGACGACCGCGUGGAGCGCGCGCUGGAGGCGUUUCGGCAGAGGUAUCCCAUGGAUGAGCGCGCCUUCGAUUUCCUGAGGGCUGCUCAGCCGUGGGUCCGCCAGGAGGUGCUGGAGAAGUUUUCACCGCAGCGCCAGGAUACGGACUACUCCGCGCUGAUCAUCUCCUUUGCGAAGAAGUGCCGCGAAAGAGAGAGCCAGAUGCUGGCGGCAAAGCGGCCGCGCGUCUUCUAGCAUCUGCAAGGAUGGCGCCGUGGCGUGCAGUUCGGGGGACGUGGCUGAGCCACAGUAUUCAACGAAAACAAGGC